UUUCAGUGAAAUCUCCCGCCACCUGGGAAAGCCGGCGGUGGGCGUUUGCGUCUCUGCACUUUUGGUGUCAUUGCAGGUAACGAUGGAGUUUUCUAAAGGAAAGAGGAAGAAACUGAAGUUGGGAGGUGAUCAGGGGAAUGCUUGCUACCCUCACAGCCUUCAGUUUUACUUGCAGCCACCCACUGAAAACAUAUCUUUGAUGGAGUUUGAAAACUUGGCUAUUGACAGAGUUAAAUUGCUAAAAGCAGUUGAACAUCUUGGUGUGAGCUAUGUGAAAGGAAGUGAGCAAUACCAGAGUAAGCUGGAGGCUGAGAUUCGAAAGGUCAAGUUUUCUUUCAGAGAAAACCUAGAAAACGAAUAUGAAGCACGAAGACGAGAUCACAUUUCUCACUUUAUCUUGCGCCUCGCGUAUUGCCAGUCUGAAGAUCUUAGACGCUGGUUCAUUCAACAGGAAAUGGAUCUCCUUCGAUUUCGAUUCAAUAUUUUACCCAAGGACAAAAUUCAAGAUUUUUUAAAGGACAGUCAUCUGCAGUUCGAGGCUAUAAGUGAUGAAGAGAAAAGUCUCCGACAAAAGGAUAUUAUUGUUUCAUCACCCAGUUUAGGUGGGACUGUGCCGGAGUUAGUUUAUAAGAUCCCUUUUGCUGAUGCUCUGGACUUGUUCCGAGGAAGAAAAGUGUAUUUGGAAGGUGGCUUUGCUUACGUACCACUUAAGGACAUCGUGGCAAUCAUUCUGAAUGAAUUUAGAACCAAACUGUCCAAGGCUUUGGCAUUAACAGCCAGGUCCUUGCCUGCCGUGCAGUGUGAUGAGAGACUUCAGCCUCUGCUUAAGCAUCUCAGUCAUUCCUACACUGGUCAAGAUUACAGCGCACAGGGAAAUGUUGGGAAGAUUUCGUUAGAUCAGAUUGAUUCGCUUUCCACCAAAUCCUUUCCACCUUGCAUGCGUCAGUUACACAAAGCCUUGCGGGAAAACCACCAUCUUCGUCACGGAGGCCGAAUGCAGUAUGGCCUCUUCCUGAAGGGCAUUGGGUUGACGUUGGAGCAGGCAUUGCAGUUCUGGAAGCAGGAAUUUAUCAGGGGAAAGAUGGAUCCAGACAAGUUUGACAAAGGCUACUCUUACAAUAUCCGUCACAGCUUUGGAAAAGAAGGCAAGAGGACAGACUAUACACCUUUCAGCUGCAUGAAGAUUAUUCUAAACAAUCCUCCAGGCCAAGGGGAUUAUCAUGGGUGCCCAUUCCGUCACAGUGAUCCGGAGCUGCUGAAGCAGAAGCUGCAGACCUACAAGAUCUCUCCCACAGCGAUAAACCAGAUUUUGGAUUUAGUAAAAGGCACACAUUACCAGGUAGCCUGUCAGAAGUACUUUGAGAUGACACAUAAUGUAGACGAUUGUGGCUUUUCUUUGAAUCAUCCUAAUCAGUUCUUUAUCGAGAGCCAAAAGAUUCUAAAUGGCGGUAAAGACAUCAAGAAGGAAUCCAUCCAACCAGAAACCCCUCAACCCAAACCAGGUGUCCAGAAAACCAAGGAUGCGUCAUCUGCCCUGGCCUCUCUGAAUUCCUCUCUGGAAGUGGACAUGGAGGGACUAGAAGAUUACUUCAGUGACUGAUGCUCAACCCGUUUUCUCACUAGCUUUCAUUUCCUGCUUUUUUCUUUUUUAACCUUUCUGUUUAACUUCUCCUUCCACCCUACCCAAUCUAUCCAUCUAAUGUCUCAAGCAGGUUUGCAGGUUAAAACAAAGACCUCCACCAUAUUUUGCUUUAACAACGGAAGAAGAAAAAUUUCUCUUGAAAUAUAACACUUACAUGGUAUGUUGAUAUAAGUCCUGCUUUAGGAGAGAAAACAGCUUUCUAGACUGGUUACAGGCCCCUAGAAACAAUAUAGUGAAAACAACUUUUAUUUUAACCCUCAUCAUUGUGAUUUUGAUUCAACCCUUUUUUGGAUCAUUUUUGUUAAUAAAUAUCAAAAUGCAUAUGAGUGUGUCUGUGUGUAAUUGCGGGAGUCAUAUUUUGUCAUAACAGAUUAGACAUUAUGUUCAUUUUUAAAGUGGCACUUUGGAAUAUCCAACACUGUCAAUUACCAGUAAAGAUU